ACGUCUAGCAGAACGUUAACAAGCGUUGCCACGGACGGACAAAAUAUCCUAAAUAUUUAAAAAGGAAAGUGAUUGAUAGGAAGUGAUUUUGAUACGAUGGCGGCAGGUGCGCUUAUGUUCUCGCGAAGCUCAACUUUCUGUCUCAUCUUACUCCUGAAUAUAAUGUGCGUGUACAUACAAAGUGCGGACGCCCGUCCGCCAUGGCUGUCUCCCGCCAGUGGGGUCUUUACUGAGUCUGCGGAGUGUCACACUGAUGACGAACUCCUCGACUUGUGUCAAAGAUGUGCGAAAUUGACUAAGUCCCGUCUGGCGUACCCAGCCUGCUGUUCCACAGAUCUAGAAGCUAGAAAGUGGUGCUCAGAUUACGUGUACUUUGGAAGAGGACAGUACGAUUUUUAUACUAUUUGAGGGUUGAUUUUAAUGGAACAUGAUUUUACCCAUAA